CGCGCGAUGUGGAGCUCCAGCGCGUCAGUGUUGUUAAGGCCUUUAGUCUGUUUUGUGUCGGAGGUGAUAAAAGCUACAGAUACUAACUCACUGUGAGGCUGUGGAAGUUCAGCUGAUACACAACAACUUUAAACUGCUUUAAACUACUAGAUCGGAUAUUUAUUUCAACAUCAAAACACUUCUUUAUCCUGUUUACACAGAUAUGGAUGAAGACAGCCCUCCCUCUCUUGUUAAUGUGUGUUUACUGAGUGUGUGUCAAAGCCUUGACACCCUGUGCAGUGUGUGUGAUGACGGAUCACUGCGUCUUCGAUCCUGUCCGAUUUUUCCACCAGAACUGUCCGAUUUGUUACUGAGCACCAUGACAGAUGAAGGUUUGCUGAACGAAAAGACUCUUGGUAUUUUCCACAAUGUCGAGUGUUUUCGCCUGAAGCGUGCCUGCAUUCGUGGAACUCGUCUCACCGCAGCUUCCUUCCGCCGUUCUCUGUGUUCUCACUGCCUGCAGGAACUCGAUGCAUCCCAUGUUCUCGGUGACAUUACAGUCUCUGACAUCGUCCAGGGCCUCUCCUUAAAUCGGGUCUGCUGUCAGAGCCUGCACAGGCUGAGCGUGAGUGCUGUGGAUUGUCUCUUGGACGUUCCGGUAAGUUUCAGGAAGUUGCAGGGUCUCAGGAGUCUCUCUGUGGCAUGGACACCUCUGGACGACUCAACUUUGGAGGACAUCUGCUCACUCCCGCUGCUGGAGAGCCUGGAUAUUUCCGGGACAAACAUCACAGACCUCAUGCCGCUCUUGAAGCUCCGCUCGAGGCUGCGUUCACUUACUCUUCACGCACUGCACCACCUCACAAUGGCUGCCGAUGACUUUCUAGCUGUGAUCUCUGCGCUGGAGCUCCUCACACACCUCGAUGUCUCCAACGAUCUGAUCCAGACAAGGGGCGAGAUGAUCAGGAAGCUCCUGCAGAAGACACACAUCCUCCCAGCGCUCUUGGAUCUGGAUGUGUCCGGGUGGAAAGGGAUCAGCGAUGAGGCCUUGAAGACCUUCCUGGAAGGACACACAAGAAUGAGAUUCAUUGGUCUUCUGGCCACUGGGGCUGGAAGAUCUGACCUCCUGUCUGGAGAUGGAAAUCUGAAGGUGGCAGGAGACUGGAACCUUCUACAGCUGUGUGAGGCUCUGAGGAGAUACAGGGGGAGGGAGAGCUUCGUGCAGGAGGCGCUGCUCUGUCUCUACAAACUCCUCGGUGACGCAGACGUCGGCUGCCGCCCGGACGUGUUGGGGCUGGUGUAUUUGGGAAUGAAAGCCCACAGCAAGUGUGUGAGCGUGCAGGUGUCGGGGUCAGCGUGUGUGUUUAACCUCACCAUUCUGGAGCUGGCAGAGGGGAUGUCGCAAAGGCUGCUGGGAAAUGUGAUGAGACACAUAAUCACCACCAUGAGAACCUUUCCUGAUCAUAAACAGAUCCAGAAGAACUGCCUACUGAGUCUGUGCAGUAAUUAUAUCCUGGAUGUCGUCCCCUUUAACAGGUGUGAAGCAGCUAAACAGGUGAUGAUGUGUUUUAUUUCUAAUGAAGACGAAACUCUACAGUCGCUCUGUGCGUCCGUCAUCGUCGUACUGAUGUCAAAGUUGAGUCAGGAAGAAAUUGUCGAGCUGGGAACUGAAAAGAUCAUCAUGAAGCGCUUGUUACAUUUGGUGCAACAAAGGGCAUCAAUGGGACUGUUGGACAAUAUACUUGAAGGCACUCUGACUGCUCUGUGGGGUCUCACAGAUGAUGCAAACACCGCCUGCACACACUUCCUGCAGUGUGAGGGUCUGGAGUUGUACAAAGAACUCAUGGAGACAUAUUACUCCAAUCCCAGGGUACUGAAGAUUGUUCUCGGCCUCCUCACUAACGUGUCCGAGAUGGAGGACCUCCACGCUCAGCUGAUGGAUGAGGAACUCCUGCAGCUUCUUCUCGUUCUGAUGGAAAAGAAAGAGGUGGAGGUGAGUUAUUUAGCUGGCGGUUUCCUUGCCAACAUCACAUCCAGCGGUGUGUGGAGUCUGGACUCGGCUCUGCAACAUGAAAUUCUUACUAAACUGCACUCUGCUGUGAUGUCAUGGACUCCUCCAGAGCAUUCUAUUAUCUCAUACCGGUCACUGCGUCCACUCUAUCUUCUCAUGGGAGUGUCUCAGCCGUCUGCAGUGCAGCUCUGGGCUCUCUGGGGCAUCAGACAUAUCUGCACACACAAAGUGUCUCACUACAGGAGGAUGCUGGAGGAGGAGGGCGGCUUGGACGUACUCCGCACACUGACCUCUGACCCCAAUACACACAGCGAUGUACACUCAUUUGCCACAGACACACUCCACCUGGUGGAGGGACAAAGUUUGACACACACCUCAACUUGAAUUUGUAUGCAGAAGAAUUUGGUGCAGAAGAUCUAAUAAUGACAUCGUAUAAGUUAUUGACUGAAACACACAUUAAACUCAUAUCUGCUUUAGUUCUGUAAGAGACAGUUAAAAAAGACAGAUUUGAACUUUUAUUUAUUAUUAAAAAUAUACAAUUAUUCAUAA